AUGCUCCGCCCUCCCGCUGAGUACGCCGCCGCCUCGUCGACGCUCGACGGCGUAACGGACGCUGAGUUUGCACGUGCGUGGGCGGCGGCCUCUUCGAAUGGCUUCCACCAUGUGGGCACCGACGGCAGGGAGCGCUUCCUGCUGUACGCGCACCUCUCCGUCCUCAACCACUCGCAGGCGCGCGCCGCCGAGCGGACGACCGUCUACGCCAUACGAGAUGUAACCGCCGGAGAGGAGCUCUGUAUCUGCUACUUGCCUGACGCUCUGCCCUGCGCGCCGCCGCCGCUUCGCCGCGCCUUCCUGCGUCACCGCUUUGAGUUUGAGUGUGAGUGCCCGCGCUGCGCCGGCCGAGCGUGCGACGCGGACGGACGGGACGUGCGUGGGCAGCUCGACGAGCGCAAGCGGCUGAUCGGCCUGCAGCUCAAGGAGUACUCCUCGUUUGACGAAGCGCUCGCGGCGACGGACGCUUUCAUGGCCGAGCAUGCGCCUCGCCUCGCGACGACGCACUGGAUGCGGCACCAGCGCAGGCGAGCACGUGACCUGAGGAGCACGUGA